UUCAGAUGGUGCGACAGAGUCUGGAGGCUCAGCUUCGCAACCCGCUGCACGCCUACCACAGCCGCGUGCGGGCGGUCAACUACGGCGGCUGCUACUACUUCGAGCAACUGAGUCUGGAGGAGUUCGAGCGGGUGGACCCCGCCCUGGCUCUGGCCCACCACAACAUGAGCUGGCGCAACCCAGGGGAGUUCACACUGGUGCUCACAGGCAACGUGGACCGCGCCUCCCUGCAGCCGCUGCUGUGCCGCUACCUGGCCACCCUGCCGCCCACCAGCAUUCCCCCGCCCAAACCCGUCAAGGAGGUAACCCCCCUGCCGUACAGCUUCCCGGAGACCCCCGUGGUGGAGGAUGUCAAGGUCUCCAUGGUCUCCCCCGUGGCCCAGGCCCAGAUCACCUUCCCGGUGCGCCUGCCCCGCCCCUCCGCGCGCGAGGAGCUGGUGUGGCUGUCGCUGGUGUGUCGGGCGGUGGAGACGCGGCUGCUGCAGCGCAUGCGCUUCGUGGCGGGGGAUGUGUACACGGUGUCCGUGAGCCCCUUCUUCGGCUGCGUGGCUCCCAGUCUGGAUGGUGACCCGCAGGGUGAUAUUGCCAUCGCCUUCUCCUGCGACCCGGCCAACAAGGAGCGGCUGGUGGGGCUGGUGAUGCAGGAGAUUGCCGUACUGCAAUCCACGGAUCUGAGCACUGCGGAGGUGGAGACACUGGUCAACCUGGAUCGGCUGCAGUUCGAGGAGGGGCUGGCUGAGAACAGCUACUGGCACGAGGUGAUUGUGAGCGCCUACCAGUCCAAGAGCUACCAGCUGCUGGGUGGAGACCUGGGGGCGGUGUACGGCAAGAGCAUGGAGGCGCGGGAGAAGGUGCUGUCCGCCUGCACCCCCGCCUCCAUGCGCGAGGCCAUGCGCCGCAUCUUCCCGCUGCCGCCCACCUCCCGCUACACAGCCAUCAGCAUGCUGCCAAG